CUUCAGUGCUGCACGUCGUGUGUUGUUAUGGGGCUGGAGGAGGGUUGGAGUCAGUGAAGAUGGAGGAGGCUGAGGGAGAGCGAGAGGAGCAGGAGCUGAGCAGUCUGUUAUUGGACAGUACAGUGGAUUUUGCCUCAACCUUCCACCAGCUUGUGGCAAAGUAUGCCCCCACCUUAUACACCAAUGGCCUCCAUUCUCAAGUGGACAAUCAGGAGCAGUUAUUUCAAGCAAGUAUCCUAACGCUCAUAGAGUGGCACCUGUUUGGAGAGGACCCCAAAUCCUUUAUGGAGAAAUUGCGUGGGAGUGAUGCACCUCCUCUAUGCGGUAAGGUGUUUCGGAGUGGAGAGACCACAUACUCUUGCAGGUAG